CGUUAUCCUCAUCUCCUGUCUCUCUCGUGGCUGAAGCCUGCUCUUUUUCUCUUGCCGGCUACACUAGCCUUCCCAUCCGCUCCCCCAAUCGCAUCGCAUCUGGCCGCCGAGGUUCCAAUAGAUGGCGUGUGGUUUGAUUGCCUGGACAUGGAAGCGUUCGCCGGGGCAAGAAAUCCUACCACACCUCCGUUUGGAUCUAGGGAUGGGCCAUCGGCGCGAUCUGGGGCAAGGCACAGCACACCCACCACCAGGUCCAAGCUAACGUUAGGUUUGCAUGGCGGUUGUUGAGGUCGCUUCCACCUCGCAAAGGACGAGCUUGUUCAAGGGGUGUGGCUGUCUCUGCGAUCUGCAAACAUCAUGGAUGCUCCCGACUCAGGCGCCAUGAGCGAUGACAAGGUACUGUGGUGGAAAUGCAGUUUUGCAUUUCCCUCGCUGCGUUUGCCUGCAGACAUCUCGGCGGGCAGCCCCUUCCCGCUCUGCAGCAAGUGGAGGCCCCUCCUCCAGCGUCAAGCGAACGGGCGUCCCAGCACAACAACCCCCCACUGCCGGGCGCCCACACACACCUGUGCCUUUCCCAUCUGCACCCGCGGGCCCUAUGUAAGUCAUCCGCUGGUUGACACCACUUUCUCAGAGGAUGGGACCAAUAACAUGAUAGCGCUGUUGGGCUUGUUUCCACCAGAUCCCGCUGUCAAGGGAGCUGGAACCCAGUGAAUGGCCGCCAGAUCUGCGCUCGGGCACCCGUCCCGGUCUACAUCACAUACCACCUCAGGUGCCAUUUGAUUCCUGUUCCCAGAACCAAGGCCUGCUCUUCUUAGGAAACGAUGGUGGGGACUGUGUCAGGCUGGCGCUACCAAGGACAUACAGCACCUAGAGCAACAACGGCACACUCCUGCGAAAGGCGCAUUGCUACACUAGACAUUAGGUUGGAUGCUAGUCACCCACGCGAGACGGCUUCUCCACCUGCGUCCGCCUCGGCAUUUUAUCGCUUUUUAAGCACAGGGACAUGGCACAGCGCCAUGUUGGCGCUAUAGGACAACAUCGGUCACUUGCAG